UCUCUGUGGAGCUGGUCCUGUGGUCGCAGAGCGGCGAAGCCCUUCCCGAGCGGUCGCCUCGGGGCGGUUCCCGGCGGCCGCGGCAGGGCGGCGCGAGCCCGACACGGCGGCGGACGGCGACGCGGGCCGGCCGCGUGGAGUGACCUACAGCAAACUGCAGCACUGAACAUCCAGCAUUCCCUGCUUCCAGUGCCUGAACCAGGAAAAAAAGAAAAAAAGCAAAAACAAAAACAAAACACCCUAAAACCAUUUCUGCCGGAAUACUCAGCUCCCAGCAUUCGCCGUGGGCGGGGCUCUCCCUGGAUGCCAGCAGGCUUGAGUGUUAGUGCGCAGGUGCGAACUGCACAUCCGGGGCUCUGUUACCAGGGACGAGAAGAUGGCAAUGGCUUCGGCAACUGUGGUGGUUCCUGCGCAGUGGAUCAAGAACUGGGAGAAAUCUGGGAGAGGCGAGUUUUUGCGUUUAUGCCGGAUUCUCAGUGAAAGUAAAAGCCGCGACACUUUAGCUUCUAGAGAGUUCCAACAAGCUCUCUAUGAGUUGUCAUAUCAUGUCAUUAAAGGAACUUUAAAGCCCGAACAGGCAUCAAAUGUUCUUAGUGACAUCAGUGAAUUUCGAGAAGAUAUUCCGUUUAUUCUUGCUGAUAUAUUCUGCAUAUUAGAUAUUGAAACAAAUUGUUUAGAAGAAAAAAGCAAGAGAGAUCAUUUUACACAAUUGGUAUUAGCAUGUUUAUAUUUAGUUUCCGAUACAGUUCUAAAGGAACGCUUGGAUCCAGAAACAUUGGAAUCAUUAGGCCUUAUCAAACAAUCACAGCAGUUCAAUCAAAAGUCAGUCAAAAUCAAAACGAAACUCUUUUAUAAACAGCAGAAGUUCAAUUUGUUAAGAGAAGAAAAUGAAGGUUAUGCCAAGCUGAUUGUUGAGUUGGGACAAGAUUUAUCUGGAAAUAUUACUAGUGAUUUGAUCUUAGAAAUUCUUAAGUCUUUAAUUGGAUGCUUUAAUCUGGAUCCCAAUAGAGUUUUGGAUAUCAUUUUAGAAGUGUUUGAGUACAGGCCAGAACACCAUGAUUUCUUUAUAUCAUUAUUAGAAGCGUACAUGAGUAUGUGUGAACCACAAACACUGUGUCAUAUUCUUGGGUUCAAAUUCAAGUUUUACCAGGAGCCUAAUGGUGAGACUCCGCCGUCCUUGUACAGAGCUGCAGCGGUACUCCUGCAGUUCAGUCUUAUUGAUCUGGAUGACCUCUAUGUGCACCUUCUUCCGGCUGACAGCUGUAUCAUGAAUGAAUACAAACGAGACAUUGUGGAAGCCAAGCAAAUUGUGAAAAAGCUCACAAUGGUGGUAUUGCCUUCUGAAAAAAGUGAUGAGCGAGAGAAAGAAAAGAAAAAAGAUGAUAAGGUAGAGAAGGCACCUGAUAAUCAAAAGCUUGGUUUGUUGGAAGCCUUGUUAGCUAUUGGUGAUUGGCAGCACGCGCAGAGCAUCAUGGAUCGGAUGCCUCCAUACUAUGCAGCAUCGCAUAGAGUAAUAGCCCAUGCUAUUUGCAAUCUUAUACACAUAACUAUUGAGCCUCUUUACCGGAGAGUUGGUGUUCCUAAAGGUGCCAAGGGCUCACCUGUCAAUGUUUUACGAAACAGGAAGGCACCAAAGCAAGCAGAGAGUUUUGAAGACUUAAGGAGAGAUGUAUUCAGUAUGUUCUGUUACCUUGGUCCUCAUCUUUCUCACGAUCCCAUCUUAUUUGCAAAGGUUGUGCGUAUAGGCAAGUCAUUUAUGAAGGAAUUUCAGUCUGAUGGGAAACAGGAAAAUAAAGAAAAAAUGGAAGUCAUCCUUAGUUGUUUGCUUAGUGUUACUGACCAAGUACUGCUUCCAUCUCUUUCUUUGAUGGAUUGCAAUGCAUGCAUGUCAGAGGAACUAUGGGGAAUGUUUAAAACAUUUCCUUAUCAGCAUAGAUACCGCUUGUAUGGCCAGUGGAAGAAUGAGACUUAUAACAGCCAUCCACUUUUAGUAAAAGUUAAAGCUCAUACAAUUGACAGAGCCAAAUACAUCAUGAAGCGCCUAACCAAGGAAAAUGUGAAGCCUUCUGGAAGACAGAUUGGAAAACUGAGCCACAGCAAUCCAACCAUUUUAUUUGAUUAUAUCUUGUCACAAAUACAGAAGUAUGAUAACUUAAUAACACCUGUGGUAGAUUCAUUGAAAUACCUCACUGCAUUGAAUUAUGAUGUUUUGGCCUAUUGUAUCAUCGAAGCACUUGCUAAUCCAGAAAAAGAAAGAAUGAAACAUGAUGAUACAACCAUCUCAAAUUGGCUUCAGAGUCUGGCUAGUUUUUGUGGUGCGGUUUUUCGUAAAUACCCGAUUGAUCUUGCUGGUCUUCUUCAGUAUGUAGCCAAUCAAUUAAAGGCAGGCAAAAGUUUUGACCUGCUUAUAUUAAAAGAAGUGGUACAAAAAAUGGCAGGAAUAGAAGUUACAGAGGAAAUGACAAUGGAGCAGCUGGAGGCUAUGACUGGUGGGGAGCAGCUGAAAGCUGAAGGUGGAUAUUUUGGCCAGAUUAGAAACACUAAAAAGUCGUCUCAGAGACUGAAGGAUGCACUGCUGGACCAUGAUCUUGCCCUUCCUCUUUGUUUGCUUAUGGCUCAGCAGAGGAAUGGGGUGAUCUUUCAGGAAGGUGGAGAGAAGCAUUUGAAACUUGUAGGAAAGCUAUAUGACCAGUGUCAUGACACUUUGGUACAGUUUGGUGGGUUUUUAGCAUCAAAUCUCAGCACAGAUGAUUACAUAAGGAGAGUACCUUCGAUUGACGUGCUUUGUAAUGAGUUCCACACACCCCACGAUGCAGCAUUUUUUCUGUCACGGCCAAUGUAUGCACAUCACAUUUCAUCAAAGUAUGAUGAACUUAAGAAGUCAGAGAAGGGUAGUAAACAACAGCAUAAAGUUCAUAAGUACAUCACGGCGUGUGAGAUGGUGAUGGCUCCUGUCCACGAAGCAGUGAUAUCCUUGCAUGUUUCCAAAGUCUGGGAAGAUAUCAGCCCUCAGUUCUACACCACAUUCUGGUCUCUGACAAUGUAUGACCUUGCAGUUCCACAUACCAGCUAUGAACGAGAAGUCAAUAAACUGAAAGUCCAGAUGAAAGCAAUUGAUGACAACCAGGAAAUGCCCCUAAAUAAAAAGAAAAAGGAGAAAGAGCGCUGCACUGCCCUUCAGGACAAGCUUAUUGAAGAAGAAAAGAAACAGAUGGAGCACGUACAACGAGUUCUACAGAGACUGAAAUUGGAAAAGGACAACUGGCUCUUAGCAAAGUCUACUAAAAAUGAGACCAUCACAAAGUUCCUGCAGUUGUGUAUAUUUCCUCGAUGUAUUUUUUCAGCAAUUGAUUCUGUUUACUGUGCUCAUUUUGUUGAGUUAGUCCAUCAGCAGAAGACUCCAAAUUUCUCCACACUUCUCUGCUAUGACAGAGUUUUUUCAGACAUAAUUUACAUGGUGGCUAGCUUUACUGAAAAUGAAGCUAGUCGAUAUGGGAGGUUUCUUUGCUGCAUGUUAGAGACUGUGACGCGGUGGCACAGUGACAGGUCCACCUAUGAGAAGGAGUGUGGAAACUACCCAGGAUUCCUCACGAUAUUACGAGCCACUGGCUUUGACGGUGGCAAUAAAGCAGACCAGUUGGACUAUGAGAAUUUCCGGCAUGUUGUACACAAAUGGCAUUACAAGCUAACCAAGGCAUCAGUACAUUGCCUUGAAACCGGUGAAUAUACUCACAUCAGGAAUAUCUUGAUUGUGCUAACAAAAAUCCUGCCUUGGUACCCCAAAGUUUUAAAUCUGGGUCAGGCUUUGGAAAGAAGGGUGCAUAAAAUCUGCCAAGAAGAGAAAGAGAAGAAACCAGAUCUGUAUGCACUAGCUAUGGUCUACUCUGGGCAGCUGAAAAGUAGAAAGUCACACAUGAUACCUGAAAAUGAAUUCCAUCACAAAGACCCUCCUCCGAGAAAUGCUGCCACCAGUGUACAAAAUGGCCCUUGUAGUGGGCUGCCUUCAUCUGUGGGAAGUACAUCUAAAUCAGAUGAGAGCAUGACUGAGGAGGCUGAGAAGUCUCGGGAAAGAGCCCAGUGUGCAGUGAAAACUGUUAACAAAGCUUCCAGUGUUGCACCAAAAGGGAAUCCAAGCAAUGGAAACAGUGGCUCUAACACCAAAGCUGUGAAGGAAAAUGACAAAGAAAAGGGCAAAGAGAAAGAAAAAGAGAAAAAAGAAAAGACCCCAGUGGUUACUCCAGAGGCUAGGGUACCUGGUAAAGACAGUAAAGAAAAACCCAAGGAAGAACAGCCGAAUAAAGAUGAAAAAAUAAGAGAGACCAAGGAAAGAAUGCCUAAAUCUGACAAAGAUAAGGAAAAAUUAAAGAAGGAAGAAAAAGCUAAAGAUGAGAAAUUCAGGGUCAUUGUCCCCAGUGUAGAAUCAAAAUCUACUCAAGAAAAGGAAAAAGAGAAAGAGCCAUCAAGAGAAAGAGAUUUAGGAAAGGAAAUGAAGUCAAAAGAGAAUGUGAAAGGAGGAGAAAAAGUACCAGUGUCUGGGUCCUUGAAGUCACCAGUUUCCCGAGCAGAGACCACAGAACCCGAAAGAGAAAAGCGUCGAAAGCUUGAUUCCCAUCCUUCUCCAUCACAUUCCUCCACAGUGAAGGACAGUCUUGUCAAACUCAAGGAGUCCUCAGCAAAGCUCUACACCAAUCAUGCUCCACCAGCACUGUGCAAGAGUAAAGAGAGAGAAACAGACAAGAAAGACUUGGACAAAUCCAGGGAAAGAUCCAGAGAAAGGGAGAAAAAGGAGGAAAAGGACCGAAAAGAGCGGAAAAGGGAUUAUUCCAACAAUGACCGUGAAGCUCCCCUCGACUUAAUCAAGAGACGGAAAGAUGAAAAUGGAAUAUUGGGGGUUUCAAAACACAAAAGUGAAAGUCCCUGCGAGUCUUCUUAUCCAAAUGAGAAAGAAAAGGAAAAAAAUAAGUCAAAAUCCUCAGGUAAAGAAAAAGGUGAUUCAUUUAAACCUGAAAAGAUGGAUAAAAUAUCCAGCGGGAAAAAGGAUUCUGGGCACGAUAAGGAAAAGAUAGAGAAGAAGGAAAAGUGGGACAGCUCUGGAGAUAAGGAGGAGAAGAAGCACCAUAAGUCCUCAGACAAGCACAGAUAAUGGAGACUCAGCCAAGAGUGUGUGCAGGUCUCUGAGCUGACGGUCCCCCACAGAGGAUGCCAGAGCUCUGUAUCACUCGCUAAACACUGUCCCUUAACUGAGAGCUUGUGGUGCUGUCCAUCUUGUGAGGAUGCUAAAGUCAGAAGAUAAAUGCGCAUUGCCGUCCUCUCGAGACAUUGCGGACUCACUGGCUUGCUGAACAUUACUUUCACCUCUGGGCAGCUUUCUUGCAUCAAGAUCCUUGUGCGUACAAUUUUUUUUUUUCUUGAAAUAAUACCACCUAGAAACAGCAUCUAUGAAAUUUUCACUAGUCGAGUCUUGGAUCACCCUUCUUAGAAAGGGGAAAAUUCUCUUUUCUUCAACGGAGGACUUCUGGAAGGCCUGCUGUUCAUUUACCAGUAUAGAAGAAGUAGGCUAUGUGCCUAGAAAGUACAAGCACAUCCUCCCUCUGUGGUGCCUCUUCCCAUACACUACCUCAUCUCACACCAAUGACGAGAGAGAUUUGUACAGCUCCUUCUGUGUAUCAGGCCCUGUUCAAAGAUGAUAAUCUCACCUCUCCCUCAGAAAGCCUCCAGGCUGUAUUGCACUUCUCAGGGCCCACUGCAAUAAGAUUCCUGGCUUCUGUUGGAGGCAUAUUGUCUUGGCUGUUCAUGUUUGUGUUUCUGCACAUCUGGAGUUAUGAUGUUUGAGGAUUUUCUUGGUGUUGGUAUCUGGUCUUAUCUUUGUCAGCUUGGUGAGAACCAUGGACAGAGGCCUGGAGCACUCCAGGGCAGCACAGUGUCCCAGGCCUCAGUGUUGGUCAGAAGGCUGGAGAUCAUGGAGCUGGCCAAACUAAAGAGACAUGAGGCAGAGGGCGACACAGAUGCACAGGGACAGAGGGAGCAGCUGGUGCGUGAACAGUUGCAGUGCUGACACUGAUGAUGCAGCAAUAUUCCAGACGGGCUGGCCUCUCGGCGUGACGUCAGCCUUGCCCCGGAUGUCCUUGUCCUUCAGGCCUGCCAGUCUACAGUGGACCUGGAAGUUGGAGGCAGCAGUGGAGAUGCCAGGAUGCACACUUCGUAAUUCACACGUGUCACUGUGUGGUCCUGAGUACAUUUACCAAAACAAGUACAUUGUUUAUGCUUGAUUUAUCAUAUGAUGCUGGUCUUUAAAUCUAAUUACUAAUCUUCUGCACUUGAAUUUAUUUUCCAUAAACUUUACCUGUGGAUGAAAGAAGAUUUUUUUUUUUUUUUAACUUUUCCUCACAUGAGAGAUCUAGACUGAAAUAUUGAACUAAGGGGGAAAAAGCUGGAAAGUAAAUUGAGAAGUACGCCCGAUUGCUGCCCUGCCCAACUCUACAGGUGACAGUGAAGUAGCUUUCCACAGCGUGGAACUGUCAAAGGACUUCUGAGCACACGUCCAGCCACAAGUCAGUGUUGACAUUUUAGCCAGUGUGUGGAGGGGAGGGAGGGCAUUUCUCUCCACACUGAGGUGGUUGUUACUUCAGGUGCCCUCUACUGGUAAACUUUAAACCAUAUGAGAAACCAUAGCAGGGCUAUGACCCCAUUGUGCUGGACUUUGUAUGAAUAGUUCAGAUGUUAAUUCUGCACUUUUUUUUUUUUUUUGCCCACUUUCUUGUAGCUAAUGUGUGUAUGAGUAGCUGUAUUACUUGUGUUAUUUGUAUUGUUUUAGCUCUGUUAAAUGCCCCCUAAAUUUUCCAGAUAGUGUCUCUAACUACUACAGAAUUGUAUGGUUCCUUAAUUCACACUAAAUUUGACUUUCUACAAUUUGUUCAGUGUGAAUAUCUUUUUUUUCACGUUUCAGCUUCCUUGAAACUCAAUAUUAAAAGCUAUCCAGUAGAACCAACUUAUUAAAUGUUACUUUAGAGUGCAUUAAAAUGUUGCACUAAGCAAAUGUUUAAGAAAGAUACUUUGCCUGUGUUGAAAUUCAUUACGAAUCAUAGAGCAAAAGUCAUUUCAUAGUAUUUCAGAGACAUAGCCUCAAAUGUUCUUGGUCUAGUGUGUCAGUAGAAUUGAUAAUACAAAUAAAGUUUGCUUUAAUUAAACAAUUUUUUUUUCUGUAAGUCCUUUUUUUUUUAUCAGAAAGCAUCAGGCAGAGGUUGCCUUAGUUGUUGUUUUCAUUGGAAGAGAGUUUUUCACUAAUUUUGUGUGUGAACUCUAUUCUCAUUAAGAGGUUUUUCUUUUCCACACCUACUAGGUUGUGUGAUCUUCUGCAAUCUAAAGGGAUAAGGAAGAUGCAGUUCAGGGCUGGUGAUCACCCUCAGUCAUAGAACCACUGCAGGAAUCCUAUUUUCAGUGCUGUGUCUCAUAGCCUCGUGUUCACUUAAUUACUAUCCUUUUAAGUCAGUCGUAUCUCCAGGAGCCAAUGGGUUUUUCUGGGUCAGGUAAUAAAUGAAACAUACUGAUUUUUAAUAGAUUUUUCAUGUGAUUUCAUCUCCAUCUUUUCUUUGAAUAUUCUGACCAAGUUCUUUCUUCCUAGGUGGUAAAGUUUAUGUUCAGGUAUAUUGAGUUUAUGUAUUUAUCAUGUAAACCCUAUUGUUAUGUGAAACCAAGUUUCAACUUCAAGUGCAGCCAUUAUACGAUAUCUGUGUGUAUUGACCAUGAGCCACAUACCCACUGCAGUCCCUAGCAAGAAUUUAUGAUACAUACUAUACACUUAUAGUAUAUUUAUAAGAAUGUACAAAAUUCUUUCCUUUCACCCUGUGUUCCAUCUGUUUUUUUUUGUUUUGUUUUGUUUUUUUCUUGUGUGAAAAAAUAAAGUUUCAUCCCUUUCCCUUUGUUUAAUCCCUUUUGCUUUCCCUCUCUUGGUAUAAUUAGAAUGCGAAUUGUUCAAAUCUCUGUAAUUAAGAGUUUCAGAAAUGUGUGAUGCUGGUCACUUGACUUAAUAAAGACUAAAUAUAUAAACAUAAAA